AUGGAGAUGGCCAUGGCGCAGGGCGCGACGCCAGGCACGCCGAAGCGCGCGGGGACCGUGCCAGAUACGGACGCGAGUCCGCUGCCGACUCCGCCGCGGAUAAGUCAUAUCUAUAGCGCGGACAAUGCGUCCGGCGCGGCCGCGCCGCCGCCUCCGCCGCCGCCGCCGACCGACAGUCCGACACAGAAAGGCGCCGCGUUGGACGCGUGUGUGACGCCGGGGCCGCCGCCGGGAUCGCGCACGCUGCGUGGCAGCCUGACGAUGAGUACAGGUCCGCGCAGUGUGGGCAACAGCCUGCGCAAACUACGCUCGACGGUCCGCUCGGCAAGUGCCCACACCCGGCCGCAGCGCGUGUUGCGGCACAAGUUUGAAGAGGACGAGCAGGAAGCGGGGGAAGUUGAUGGAAUUGCGGCUCAUAAUGCGCCUGCGACAGAGGCAGGAACGACAGAGCCCGCCAAGGCAGCCAAAGAGCCUGCCGAGACCGACGCGCCGAACGAGCCCGAUACAGCGAGCACGUCUACGGAUCCUGCACACGCCACACUGCGCCUCAAGCCGACCGAUAUCCCCGAGAUUCCCGCAUUCCGUGCUCCAAAAACGCCUACAGAGCCCAAGGCCUCGGCCAUGCACGAGAUCCUUGCUGCGCCGAUUCCGCUGCCCACGAAUGAGCCGCGUGCAGGACUAGCGCGUGCGCCGCUGGCCGAGGUGCACAAUCGUGCCGAGAAGCCGGCAGAGAUGCAGGGCCGUGCGCCGCUGGCCGACGUACAGAAUCGUGCUGCAGAGAAGCAUGCGGCACUACGUGCCCCCGAAAAAGCCCCGGCCGUCACGCCGCUUCCCCCGCUUUCGUCGCAACCCCCCCCCGCGGCCUCGCCGGACCUGGAGAACGACUAUCUGCAGCGGAUGCUAAGCGAAGCAGAGCGCCAGGGCCGUGCCAACUAUACCCCCCCCAUGGGUCAGAAGCCGAUGGCGAAAGAGACGACCUUUCGUGGCUGCCGCUUCCUCAAAGUGCGGCGAGCCGGCGAAGGUGGUUUCUCGACCGUAUGGCAAGUGCGUGGCCCCCUUGCGAUCCCUGCCGCGGUUGCCGGCGAGGAAGGUGUCCGUAUGGAAGAGAUCGACGAGGCGCACCAAGGCUACUUUGCGAUGAAGCAAGUAUCCCUUCGCCGUCUGGAGCCCGAGUCGCGCGACGAGCUGGUGCAAGAAGCGCAGCUGCUAGAGCAGCUUGCGCAGCGCCCCGGCAACGAGCGCUAUAUCCUGCGGUACUUUGGCCACCGCCUCAACAAAGACACGCUAAAAAUUCUCCUGGAACUCGGCGAGAUGGACUUUGCGCACGUCCUCAAAGCACAUGCCCCCCUCGGCCACGCCCAGAUCUGCGACUACUGGCGGCAGAUGCUCGAGGCGGUGCACUUUAUCCACGAAGAAGGCAACCUCGUGCACACCGACCUCAAGCCCGCCAACUUUCUCGUGGUCGGCAACCGCCUGAAGCUGAUCGACUUUGGCAUUGCGCAAAAGAUCCCGCUCGGCACGAUCCACAUUUCGCGCGACGCGAUUGUCGGCACGCCCAACUACAUGGCGCCCGAGGCGAUCAAGAUGGCCAAGGCGCAUGGCCGCCGCGUCUACAAAGCCGGCAAAGCCAGCGACGUGUGGUCGCUGGGAUGUAUAUUGUACCAAAUGGUCUAUGGCCGCCCUCCUUUUGACCGCCUGCCUGCGGACCGCAAGUUGGACGCGAUUAUCGAUCCGAAGCACACGAUCGCAUUCCCCCCACACCGCGUCCUCGAUGAUCCAAGCUCUCCCCGCGUCGAUCCGCUGCUGAUCCGGACGAUGCAAGCGACGUUGCGCUACGACGCACAGCAGCGUGCACAGAUCCCCGAGUUGCUGCACGACCCCCUCAUUUCGACCUACCUCGAAGAAACGGUGACUAUAUCCCGCCAGAAGCUCCGCGAACUCGUGGUGCGUCUGCGGAUGCACGCCCUCCAAGGCGACCUGACCGAGGCCAACGCCGUGGAGCGCGCCGAUGUCCUCUUCCGCAACCUCGCCGAUUCUAGCACGUGA